GAGCCCGAAACGCGCUCGGCUAUGGCCGAGGGCGCAGCCAGCAGGGAGGGUCCAGCGCUAACAGACGCGGCCGGGAGGGAAGACGACCCCCGAGUGGGCCCGGACGCCACCUCCGGGGACGGCGUGGCGGCGGCCCCUGGGGGCCAGUGGAGGGACCGUCGCAGCGGGGUCGCGCUGCCCAGCGCUGCAGGGGCCCCGGCGGACGGCGAGGCCGGCCUCCUGGAGGCUGCGCGGGCGACCCCCCGGCGCAGCAGCAUCAUCAAGGAUCCUGCAAACCAAAAAUGUGGUGGAAGAAAGAAAACCGUGUCUUUCAGCAGCAUGCCAUCAGAAAAGAAAAUCAGUAGUGCAAGCGACUGCAUCAGCUUCAUGCAAGCUGGCUGUGAACUGAAGAAAGUACGGCCAAAUUCUCGCAUUUACAACCGUUUUUUCACUCUGGACACAGACCUCCAAGCUCUUCGCUGGGAACCUUCCAAGAAAGACCUUGAGAAAGCUAAGCUUGAUAUUUCUGCCAUAAAAGAGAUCCGACUGGGGAAGAACACGGAAACAUUUAGAAACAAUGGCCUUGCUGACCAGAUUUGUGAGGACUGUGCCUUUUCCAUACUCCACGGGGAAAACUACGAGUCUCUGGACCUAGUUGCCAAUUCAGCAGAUGUAGCAAACAUCUGGGUGUCAGGGUUACGGUAUCUGGUUUCUCGAAGUAAGCAACCCCUUGAUUUUAUGGAAGGCAACCAGAACACACCAAGGUUUAUGUGGCUGAAAAAGGUGUUUGAAGCAGCAGAUAUCGAUGGGAAUGGGAUUAUGUUGGAAGACACCUCUGUAGAGUUAAUAAAACAACUCAACCCUACCCUGAAGGAAUCCAAGAUCAGGUUAAAGUUUAAAGAAAUCCAGAAGAGCAAAGAAAAGCUAACCACCCGAGUGACAGAAGAGGAGUUUUGUGAAGCUUUUUGUGAACUUUGCACCAGGCCAGAAGUGUAUUUCUUACUUGUACAGAUAUCUAAAAACAAAGAGUAUUUGGAUGCCAAUGAUCUCAUGCUUUUUUUAGAAGCUGAGCAAGGAGUCACCCAGAUCACCGAGGACAUGUGCUUAGACAUUAUUCGGAGAUAUGAGCUUUCUGAAGAGGGACGUCAGAAAGGGUUUCUUGCAAUUGAUGGCUUUACCCAGUAUUUGUUGUCACCAGAAUGUGACAUUUUUGAUCCUGAACAAAAAAAGGUUGCCCAAGAUAUGACCCAGCCAUUAUCUCACUAUUACAUCAACGCCUCUCACAACACCUAUCUCAUAGAAGACCAGUUCAGGGGGCCGGCUGACAUUAACGGGUAUGUUAGAGCUUUGAAAAUGGGCUGUCGAAGCAUUGAACUUGACGUAAAUGAUGGUUCAGACAAUGAACCAAUCCUUUGUAAUCGAAAUAACAUGACAACACACCUUUCCUUUCGAAGUGUCAUAGAGGUGAUAAAUAAAUUUGCCUUUGUGGCUUCUGAGUACCCACUCAUUCUUUGCUUGGGAAAUCACUGCUCCCUACCACAGCAGAAGGUAAUGGUUCAACAGAUGAAAAAGGUCUUUGGCAGUAAACUCUAUACUGAAGCACCUUUGCCGUCAGAAUCCUACCUCCCGUCACCAGAAAAAUUAAAAAGAAUGAUCAUUGUGAAAGGAAAGAAAUUGCCUUCUGAUCCAGAUGUUGUAGAAGGAGAAGUUACAGACGAAGAUGAAGAAGCUGAAAUGUCUCGAAGGAUGUCAGUAGAUUACAAUGGUGAGCAGAAACAAAUCUUGCUGUGUAGGGAGCUCUCUGACUUGGUGUCUAUCUGUAAAUCUGUUCAGUACAGGGAUUUUGAACUAUCUAUGAAAAGCCAAAACUAUUGGGAAAUUUGUUCAUUUAGUGAAACAGAGGCCAGCCGAAUUGCAAAUGAAUACCCAGAGGAUUUUGUAAAUUAUAAUAAGAAGUUCUUAUCACGAAUCUAUCCAAGUGCCAUGAGAAUCGAUUCCAGUAACUUGAAUCCACAGGACUUUUGGAAUUGUGGCUGUCAGAUUGUGGCAAUGAAUUUCCAGACUCCGGGUCCAAUGAUGGACCUUCACACAGGCUGGUUUCUUCAAAAUGGAGGUUGUGGUUAUGUUCUAAGGCCGUCCAUCAUGCGAGAUGAAGUUUCUUACUUCAGUGCAAAUACAAAGGGCAUUGUACCAGGGGUGUCUCCUUUAGUGCUUCAUAUUAAGAUCAUCAGUGGUCAGAACUUCCCAAAGCCCAAGGGAGCUUGUGCCAAAGGGGAUGUCAUAGAUCCCUACGUGUGUAUAGAGAUACAUGGAAUUCCAGCCGACUGUUCAGAACAAAGAACUAAAACUGUACAACAAAACAGUGAUAAUCCUAUUUUUGAUGAGACCUUUGAGUUUCAAGUGAACCUGCCUGAGCUGGCCGUGAUCCGUUUUGUGGUUCUGGAUGACGACUACAUUGGGGAUGAGUUUAUAGGGCAAUAUACAAUCCCGUUCGAAUGUUUGCAGCCUGGAUAUCGGCAUGUUCCCCUCCGCUCCUUUGUGGGUGACGUCAUGGAGCAUGUAACUCUUUUCGUCCACAUAGCAAUAACUAAUAGAAGUGGAGGAGGAAAGCCACAGAAGCGCAGCCUUUCAGUGAGAAUGGGGAAGAAAGUUCGGGAGUAUACCAUGCUCAGGAAUAUUGGUCUUAAAACCAUAGAUGACAUCUUUAAGAUAGCAGUUCAUCCCUUACGAGAAGCCAUAGAUAUGAGAGAAAAUAUGCAGAAUGCCAUUGUGUCUGUUAAGGAACUGUGCGGACUCCCUCCAAUUGCCAGUCUGAAGCAGUGCCUGUUGACCCUGUCCUCUCGGCUCAUCACCAGUGACAAUACUCCCUCCGUCUCUCUUGUGAUGAAAGACAACUUUCCUCAUCUGGAGCCUCUGGGGGCAAUUCCAGAUGUGCAGAAAAAGAUGCUGGCUGCUUAUGAUCUGAUGAUCCAAGAGAGCCGGUUUCUCAUAGAAAUGGCAGACACAGUCCAGGAAAAGAUCGUGCAGUGUCAGAAAGCAGGGAUGGAGUUCCAUGAGGAACUUCAUAAUCUGGGGGCAAAAGAAGGCUUGAAAGGAAGAAAACUCAACAAAGCAACUGAGAGCUUUGCUUGGAACAUUACAGUACUGAAGGGCCAAGGAGAUCUGUUGAAGAAUGCCAAGAAUGAAGCUAUAGAGAACAUGAAGCAGAUCCAGCUGGCGUGCUUGUCUUGUGGCCUUAGUAAAGCCCCCAGCAGUGGUGCCGAGGCCAAGAGCAAGCGCAGCCUGGAGGCCAUAGAGGAGAAGGAGAGCAGCGAGGACAAUGGGAAGCUGUGACCCUGAGCGCCAGCCACACCUUCACCCAGCCUUCCUACCAAGGACUCUGGUUUUUCCUUCUGGUUUUCUUUCUUUAAGCUUUUUAGAAGUUCACAAAAAGAUGCCCUCUCUUGGGUAUUGGACAUAAACAGAUAUUUUCACAAUGUCAGUAUUUUAACGUAGUUAAUUUAUCUAAGUUAAAACCUUUAGUAGCAGUGUUUUAAAAUUCUGAGAUGUGUGUACACACUCACGUAUGGAUGUGGGCGGAAGUGUGUGUAUGUGUGUGUGUGUGUGAGAGAGAGCGAGCGAGAGACAGAGACAGAGAGAGAUAGAGAGAGAGAGACAGAGAGGGAGAGAGAGAGAGAGCAAAAGAGAAAGACUGAGAGAUAGGUGGGGACAGGAGAGAGAGAGAUUGAGAUGCUGUUAAAAUCUAUUCUGUGUUGCAUUAUUCAUUUAGUAAGUUAUUACUUUAUCAUUUUGGGACAAAUUUGUUAAUCUGAAAUUCUAAAAAGCACUUAACUACAACCUGUUGCUGUGUUUAAUUUUACUUCUCUACCUUUGUCAUUUAAUUUGGAGAUCAUAACACAGCUUAUAAUUGAAGGAAGCCAAAUUUAUCAUGCAUAGAUGUUUUAAUAGAUUAAAUAUAGAUUAGACAAAUUCCUAAGAAUCACAGUAGAAAUAAAAGUGAAUGAAGGAUAAACAACUGAUCAGAAUUUCUGGGAAGAUCAGCAAAGUCUUCAGUUAGUGAACUCUUUAAAAUAUUUAUUAAAUAAAAUCAAUUUUUAGAAAGUUUUCUGUAGUUGUUUACUUUUCAGUGGAAAAGCUGAUCAUAAGUGAAUUUAUACCCACUUAUGUGGUACUCUGAAACACCAUGAAAACUCUGUUGAAAUCAGGAUUUUGAUGUGACAACGAUAUUCAGUUAUGAAAUUUCAAGGUUGUGAUUUAUAGGAAGGUCUCAUUCUUCCUAACUGGGAAUCUUAGCAUUCAUUUUCUGUAACAGACACGGGCAGCUAGGAGGUCUUGGCUUUCAUUGCAUUUAAUUGAGUACUACAUUUAAAUUUAAAGACAUUGUUCAAACAAUAUCAUAUCAUCACCUUGAGCUGAUAUAAAUUCUGUGGGUCAGAUAACGUUGUGAUGAUUUAAGGACUAACUAAUUACAAAGUAUCUAUGAUAUAAUUUUAACGCAUACAGAAAAACAUACACACAAAAGAAGCAAAUGACUAAUUAGGGUACAUUUAUAAUUGCAUCCAGAUCAUUUUACCCUAAUAUCUUCAGAAAGUACUUGAGUGUAAUAUGUUUGUUACCUCCAACAGAACUAAAUGUUCUAUGGUUAUGAAAAUAUAUCUAUUUAAAACAUUGCUUUUAUUUUGAAAAGCUUCUUAAUUAAUUUGGUUAACAAAUAUGCUAAUUCGGGGGAACCUAGGGAAGAUCAUUGCUGAAAUUUUGCAAAUAUAAACAUCUUCUAUAGCAACUGUGUUAAGUUAUUUCUGACUUCUUAACACUAUUAUGUUCAUGUUGCACAUUACUGAGAGAGUAAAGAUAUGAAACAACAUUUAUUGUUCU